GCUUUGACACCCCCGGCCAAACUUCAAACACCUUCGCUCGGGUGCAGGAGCGAACCAACAACGACCUCACAUCACGACCACCCACGCUGCGGAACAGCGCGGAAACAUACACAAUGUCGCAAACUCAGCAGGUUGAGCGGAGUGGCUCUAUAUCGAGCCAGGAUCCCCACAACGAGGCGCAGAAGAAGACGAAGAGCAAGAGGCCGCCGAAUACCGCUUUCCGACAGCAGAGAUUGAAAGCAUGGCAACCCAUCCUCACCCCGAAAACGGUUCUACCCAUCUUCUUCAUCUUCGGAAUAAUAUUCGCACCCCUCGGAGGGCUUCUUAUAUACGCGAACAGUCUAGUUCAAGAGCUUUCCAUCGACUAUACCCGCUGUCACGAAAAGGCGCCCACAGUUGACGCCGAAUUUGUUCCCGAGAACGGCGAUCCCACCGAGGACAUGGGAGACGAGUUUGUGUCAGCGUCGUUCAAAGAUCCGAUGAGAGUCAAGCCCAGAUGGGGGAAAUAUAUAAAGAACCACACAUGGCACGGCGUCAGAACAAAUCCCACGCAACAUUGCGUCUUGGUAUUCGAUAUACCAACCAAUAUGGAGCCGCCUGUUCUCUUCUAUUACCGUCUGGACAACUUCUACCAAAACCACCGAAGAUAUGUAAAAUCUUUCGACAUGAAUCAACUGAAGGGCGACGCUGUUAGCUCGGCCGACAUCGAGUCCGGCGAGUGCGAUCCAUUGGGCAACAACUAUGGGAAGAUAAAUGGUCAUCCUGAUCCCGAUAACCGCCCAAUUUACCCCUGCGGCUUGAUUGCAAACUCCAUGUUCAACGAUAGUUAUACGAAUUUGGUUGCAUCCAAUGCCAGGAGGGAUGACAACAACAAUGCCAACGAGACAUACAACUUCACGCAAGAUGGCAUCAUCUGGAGCACCGAAGCCGAUCUGUAUGGUGAAACCAAAUACCAACCCAAGGACAUCAGGCCCCCUCCCAACUGGGUAGAUCAAUUCCCAGAAAAUACUGGUUAUGAUACCCUGGAACAUUCUCAACUUCCAAAUCUUCAUACCAAUCUAGCUUUUCAGGUAUGGAUGAGGACUGCAGGUUUGCCUUAUUUCAGCAAGCUGGCACAGCGCAACGACAAGGAUGUUUUGGAGAAGGGUACUUAUCGUCUUGAAAUCGUUGACAUCUUCCCAGUGUUAAAGUACGGUGGUACAAAGUCCAUUCUCAUCUCGACUCGAACAGUCAUGGGUGGGAAGAAUAUCUUCCUGGGCAUUGCCUACAUAGUAGUGGGCGGUCUCUGCAUAUUGCUCGGCACCAUCUUCACCCUCACCCACCUCGUCAAACCAAGAAAACUCGGUGAUCACACGUAUCUGUCCUGGAACAAUGAACCCAGUACGGCGACAACGACUGGACGGAGUGCUCGUCCGGGCGACGGGGCCUUAUAG